GCCACAUUUGAUCAGCCGCUUCGCUCGUCGCUCUUUUGUUUAUGUUUAUUUAAAACUUGAAAUGUAAAGUUAAUAUUUGAAUAAUCGAUGAAUUCGUUGUGUUUACAUUAUCUGAAUGUUAAUAUGUUUGAUUUAUACGCUGCCAGUGUACAGCGGGAGGCUUCAGCACGUUUUAUUUUAUAUUUGAUUUAGCGUGACAGGAUGAGAGCACUGUUUAAUAAUCUGCGUUUAUUAAUUUACAUUCGCUGAUAAAGAUGCUGAUAAAAUGAAGGCCAAUCAGAGAACUUUGUUUGAGUCGUGGGGCAGCAAUGCGUCUCACACAGAUCAGAGGAAAAUCACCAAGAAACCUGCAGAGGACAAGAGACCGACAGACAGAUCAGAUCAGAGAGACAGCUGCAGAGGUCUGGGGGGUGAGACCUUUCAGCAGGAGGAUGAAGAUGAUGAUGACCUGAUGCUGGUGGCUGUGUUUGAGGCAGAGAAAUCCCUUCAGGCCUCUGACGUCACCUCCUGUCCCGAAGAGCACACUAAGGGUUUUGACCCUUCAGCGGGGCAGAUAUGGAUCUACCCCACCAACUACCCCAUCAGAGAGUACCAGCUGCAGAUCUCAGAGGCCGCCCUCCUCCAGAACACACUGGUGUGUCUGCCCACAGGCCUGGGCAAAACCUUCAUCGCCUCUGUGCUCAUGUAUAACUUCUACAGGUGGUUUCCUGCCGGGAAGAUCGUCUUCAUGGCUCCCACCAAACCUCUGGUGUCCCAACAGAUCGAGGCCUGUUUUAAAGUGAUGGGAAUCCCACAGCAGCACAUGGCAGAGCUCACAGGAACGACGGCAGCCCAUCAGCGUAGAGACCUCUGGAGAUCCAAGCGUGUUUUCUUCUUAACUCCUCAGGUGAUGGUGAACGAUCUGUCCCGCAACACCUGCCCUGCGGCCCGCGUCAAGUGUGUGGUGAUCGAUGAAGCCCACAAGGCCACAGGGAAUCACGCCUACUGCCAGGUGAUUCGAGAGCUCUGGAAUCAAACACAGCAGUUUCGAGUCCUGGCUCUCAGUGCCACUCCUGGAGGAGAUGUUAAGGCCGUACAGCAGGUCAUCUCUAACCUGUUGAUCUCUCACAUCGAGCUGCGUUCAGAAGACAGUCCUGAUGUUCAAGCUCAUGUUCAUCAGCGUAGCGUGGAGAAGAUUGUCGUCCCGUUAGGAGAAUCUCUGACUCAGUAUCAGACCAGAUACCUGCAGCUUUUAGAAAGAUUUGCAUCCCGUUUGACUCAGAUGAGGCUCUUAAGUCACCGUGACCUCAGCUCGCUUACCAAAUACCAGAUCAUUCUGUCUCGAGAGCAGUUUAGACGAAACCCGCCGCCCCACGUCCUGGCUGGACAGCACGGGGUACUCGAGGGGGAUUUUGCCCUCUGCAUCAGCCUGUAUCACGGCUAUGAACUCCUGCAGCAGAUGGGUCUUCGAUCGCUCUACCUCUUCAUUCAGAACAUCAUCUCUGGGCCUAAAGAGUCAUCGCGCAUGAGGAACGAACUUCAGAGGAAUCCGGUCUUCGUGGAUCUUUACAGGGACAUGGAGGCCACGUUCACCCCAUCCAGCAGAGAUCCUAAAGAGCCGUAUCUCUACAGUCAUCCUAAGCUUCAGAAACUGGAUGAGGUCGUAUUACAGCACUUUAAAACAUGGCCUGAGAGCUCAGGCAGUGACGCAUCAGAAAAGGUGAACACGCGCGUUAUGAUCUUUUCCUCAUUCCGUGAAAGCGUCCAGGAAAUCGCUGAGAUGUUGAACCGUCAUCAGCCGCUGGUUAGGGUCAUGACGUUCAUGGGUCAAGCGUCUGCUGGUAAAGGAGUUCGAGGAUUCACACAGAAAGAACAGCUGGAGGUCGUGCGUCGCUUCCGUGACGGGGGUUUCAACACUCUCGUGUCCACGUGUGUUGGUGAGGAGGGUCUUGACAUCGGUGAGGUCGAUCUCAUCGUAUGUUUUGAUGCUCAGAAGAGUCCGAUUCGUUUGGUGCAGCGCAUGGGCCGUACGGGACGCAGGCGACAAGGACGAAUUGUCAUCAUACUGGCGGAGGGACGAGAAGAGAGAACGUAUAACCAGAGUCAGAGCAGUCGGCGCAGUAUCAACAAAAGCAUCAUGGGAAAAAAGCACAGUUUCCACAUGUUUCCUCAGAGUCCUCGAAUGCUGCCGGCGGGCGUCACCCCUAAACUGCACAAGAUGCACAUCAGCUGCGCUCAGUUUCAACACACAGAUGAGAGAGGACGCAGCUCAGCGAAAGGUCGCAGGUCUUCACUUGACCCUCAGAUCGGCGGACGUGAUGAGAAACGCGUGAAAGAUGACGGCUGUCUCACUGCUGCUGAAGAGGUCAUCUGGACGUCCACCAUGAAGCUGGGAGAGGAUGAACCUCAACCUGUGUUCAAGCAAUCAACUCUACUGACAUUUAGUGACAGCCAAUCAGCACAGGAGUCGCGUGUAUCGGGUCGCGUCAGAGAGCUGUCACUGUGGGAGUGGAGGCACUGGCAGAACGCACCGCUGCCGACACACAGAGUAGAACAUUCACAACGAUGCCUUCAUUUCACCUCCAUCAUGGAGUUCAUCGACCAGAUGAGACACGACGAACAGGGUGACUGUGAUGAUGGGUCAGAGGUUCAGAUGAAUCUACAGGAGGAUGAUGACAGAACAUCAAAACUGAACACUGACAAAAUCACUUCACAGAUGAGACCAAAAUCUGCUCAUAACAUCAGAGCCUCCUCUUCCAAACCCAGCGUACGUCAGCGUACCCAUAGACAUGAUCAAAGUGAAAAGAGCCCAGCGUCAGAGCAGAGCAAAGCAUUUAAUGAGAGUCAAGACCAUCAGAUCAAUAAGAGCUGUGUAAUGGAUUCAGAAGAAACUGAUGGGAACGACCCAUCAAAGAUCCAACGAGAAGAUUUAUGUGAAUCAAACCCUGACCUUCAGCCAGCAGAUGAGAGCUCAGAUCUCGAUCAGAUGUUUUAUCCAUCUAAGUCCAACUUCAGACCAAACGUGCCGGCCAAAACAUUUCACACCGUUCUCGCCAAUGUUAAGAAUCUCCUGUCCAGAUCUCCACCACAGGACUUUGAUUUUAACUUCCCGGAGAUCACCACAGGAGACUCUGAUCCCUUUACCGUGAAGUUUUGCCUAACAGCCGACGACUCGCUGGAGCUCACGCCUCAAAAUUCACCACAGUUAGCAGGAAACGCACUUUCACCCGGCUGGGACGAAAUGUUCGAUGAUGUUCAGGACGAGACUGAUCUGCCCUUAGAGCAACAUCAUAAUCCCAUGGACUUAAAUGAAAGCGUUGACCUGUUUGGAGAUGAUGAUGCGUUCCUUCAGGUGUCCAUACCUGAUGUUCAGACGCCAGACAAGAUCGCCGUAGCUCCUGAAACCACAGAAAACCCCAAUUGUGUGAAGCAGAACCUAACUGAUGUGUUAUCUCCCAUAGGAAAGAGACCCGAGCAAAAUUCAGAAGUCUUUAACUGCUCUCAGGACUUCUUCUCUGUGAACUUUGACCUCGGGUUGUCUUUUGACUCUGAAGAGGAAGAACCGACUGAAACCGUACCGGCCGAGGAAAACAUCAGCGUGACGUCAGCGUUAAAGGAACCCAAAGCUUCGGUCUUCUCGCCGGCAGCCGGAGUCUCAACGCCGUUGUCUGAGGUCAGGAAGCCGUUCAUCAUCCGAUCUCCUCUCCUCAUCACUGCAGCGCGGCCGAGCGCCUCCACACCCGACCACGUGUUCCUGUCAGCCGUGCGUAGAAGAGCUUCACCCGUCACAUCUCUCCAGAAGAAGAAGGACGCUGUGCUGAGCAGUGACAGUGAGGAUGAGGUGUUUGUGAAGAAACCAGCACAUAAACUUCAUCUUUUAUCAUCUCCAGAGGACUCAAAGAUCUUCUCAGAUGUGGAUUCUCCUUUACAAGUGUGCAGAAAACGUUCAGCCGCGUUAAACAUGUCAGAGGACACAGAUGUGGAUGAGGAGUCAGGUGAUGAUUUUCAUCAGGGUGUCACUCAUAGAUCCAAAGUUCCUCGGCCGAGUUCUUCAGGGAAUCAUCUGCUGAAAUCUGCUAAGGUUCAUCAUCCGCAAGUGCGUCAGUUUCUGCACGAGGAGGCAGAGCUGUCUGAAAACGAAGAUGUUUCAUCUGAUGAAGAUGAUGGAGAUGAACAGAACCGGUCUCUGGAUGGGUUUGUGGUCAACACUACGCAGUGCUCUCAGGGGCUUAACGAGUCUGAGAUGCAGGCCAUCUAUCUGAAGUCUGUGAGGAGCCCUGCAGUACAAAACCACCUGCGAAUGACAUAUAAGCCCAAACACAAUGUGGACAUCUUCUCACAGGUCCCAGAACAGGACGAGACGUACGCUGAAGACAGCUUUGUGCUUCAUGGGAGUGAUGUAGAGGAGGCGAGUGAUGAAGAACCUGUGGAAAUGAUUCUUGAAGACUCUUACAUCGAUGGACGAAAGCAGUAUGCCACACGCCGCCGCGCUCAAAUCAAACACAUCAGAGCAGCAAACGAUACGAGAAAAGUCCAAUCUGAGACCGACGGGAGAAAAAAACGCUCCAGGAUCAUCCGAGUUCAGGAUUCCAGUGAAGAAGAGGAAGAGGAGGAGCAGGUAAAGGAGUUUAAAGUUCCUCAGUGUGUCUCUGAGAGGAGUGUGAGACAGACAGACAGACAACAGGAGCAGAGAGACAAGACAUUCAGUCAUGUGAUUGAUGAUAAGAAUAAAGCGCAGGUGGAUGACACAGCUUUGACACGAAGCGCGCAGGACGCAGACGCUCCUCUCAGUGUGUUAGUGGACAGUCGCUGUAUCAGCGGAGGGUCAGAGGUCGUGUCCUCCCUGCGGCUGAGACACGGGCUGAAGGUUCACGUCUGCUCCCUGCUCACCUCUGACUUCAUCGUGAGCAAUCGCAUGGCCGUGGAGUGGCUGAGAGAGUCGGACAUCGCCAGCGUCCAAAACCGCAGACGGCUGCAGGACAGAAUCCAGAAACUGCAGGCGUUACAUGAGCGUGUGUGUCUGAUUAUUGAGAGAGAUCGAACUAAACCUGGCGAGACGCUUCGAGCGUUCCAGCACACUCGCUUUUAUGACGGGACGCUGGCGGCGUUGGUACGGGCGGGCGUGAGGCUCACGGUCAGCAAAGGUCCGGAUGAGACCGCCAGCAUACUGAGUGAACUCGCUCAGGUAGAGAAGAGAAAAGGUCAGGCCAUCGCUGUACCGCUGGAGGUCAGAGGUCACCGUCAGCAGGCCCUUCAGUUCUUCCUGACGCUGCCGUACGUGAGUUACAUCGCCGGUCUGAACAUGUGCCACAACUUUACCUCAGUGAGACACGUGAUCGACAGUUCGGUUGAGGACCUGCAGAAGUUUGCGCGUGUCACUCGUUCACAAGCGCAAGAGAUUCAUCGCUGUCUGCGUUACAAUCAUGACCGCCAGCAACUAACUAGCUAACCUACACUAACACUAAAUCACUUUAACAUGUGUCUAUGAUGAUAAACCAUCAGGAGGAUUACAGUGUAAAUAAAAAUCUUUUCUAUGUUUCAGAUUAUGUCAAAUGUUUUGAUGAUUUUCUGAUUAUUAUUUAUAUUUAUGUUGAUCUAUUUGAGCAGGCACUAUUUUAUUUAGAAAAAUAAAAUUGCUCGUUUUUUUUAAAGACUGGUUUGUUUAUUUUCCAACAUUAGUCACUAUUAGCUUCAUUUCUACACGAGGCUGUUUGUGGACCUCAGACGUGUACUGUAAGUGUGACUGUGAAUUAAAGCAUCGACCAAAUGCAGAAAAGUAAAUGUAGAUGAGAUCAAGACUCCAACCUAUCAUUUAUGUCAAACAAACAUUUUUGAAUAGGCAUUCAUUAUUUAUUAAUUUAAUGUUGAAAGUCAACAAGUGGAGAUGUUUAUGAUCUUUAAAUCAGUUAUCAAUAAUCUACCUAAAAUAAAUCCUGUUCAAUAUAAAGUGACCUUGACCUGAUCAUGAAAGCAGUUAUAUAUGGUUGGAUACGGGCCAAGACAAAUGAUUGUAAUGGAAAGUGAAAAAGGAAAUAAAUUUAGAAGUAAAAAUCAACCAGGAAAGCGAAGUAUAAGGGGGUAUUUUGCCUCACAGUACAUUAAGUUCUGUUAAAAAACAUUUAUGUGCAACUGUAAACUUGUGUGUGUGUGUGUGUGUGUGUGUGUGUGUGUGUGUGUGUGUGUGUGUGUGUGUGUGUGUGUGUGUGUGUGUGUGUGUGUGUGUGUGUGUGUGU